AUGACCGAAACCAUGUUCAGAUUGGUGUUUGAAGGCAAUAAAUCUGCACAGAACGCAUCCGCAGACAUAAUGGAAGGACUUUCAUCGGUUUCUGAACAUGUCAAGACGCUCCAGCAACAGAAAGGGCGUAGUCACUCAAGAAGGGAGGAGCGCGGCCAGAAGGUGGCUUUUUCAGAAUCAGAGAGGGCUAUUACUUAUUUCGACCUCGAGAAACGAACUAGGCGCAUAGCAGUGCGCCUAGUGCGUGCCGACGUAAGGCGAGGACACUUCGUAGCCAUUGUCCUGGGUAGAUGCCUUGAGGCUGUCGAGAGCGUGCUCGCAGUCACACGAGCGGGCGCAGUGGGAGUGCCACUGGAUCCGCGCUCACCGUCUGCUGAGCUGGCGAAGUUUCUGGAUCAUAGCGGAGCGAGUGUCAUUAUCACCGAUGAUCGCCACUUGGGCCAGGUACGAGCUGCUGUAGGAGGAGGAGCACGAAUGAUCGUUGUGGUGACAACCACCGAAGUGGAGGUUGUGGAGGAAGGGUCACAGGUUGUACGAUAUCGCACCUGGGCUGAAGAUGAGGAAUGUACGACAUGCGAUAUCGACAUAGAUACCGACCUCGGGGUUGAGCCAGCCUUUUUGCACUAUACGUCUGGUACAACGAGCUCGCCUAAGGGGGUGCUGUCCAGCCAGCAGAGUUGGCUGUGGUCAGCAACCAGCUUUGCUUCAGCAUUCGGGAUGACGUCGGAGGACCAUCUGUUCUGGCCUCUACCCCUGUUUCACUGCCUUGGCCAUGCACUUUGCAUCAUCGCUACAGUGACCGUGGGUGCCAGUGCCCAUCUUCCUGACCCGAGCGAGACGACUUUUGAUAGUCUCUUCACCAAGCAGGCUCUGCCAACCACAAUCUUUGUCGGUGCUCCCGCAUCUUAUCACGAGCUCAUUGCCGCAGCAUCGACCUGGACCGCCUCGCUUGCUCUGCCUGGGUUGCGGGCAUGCAUGGUCGCAGGAUCCUCGACGCCCGCAGCUCUAAGUGCCCAAGUCCAAGAUUUGUUUGGAGUCCCGCUGCUCAAUAAUUAUGGAUGUACCGAGGCCUGCGGAGCCAUCGCUGUUAAUAAGCCGGGAGAUUUAUUUAGGGAAGAUUCGAUUGGGACAAUAGUCCCGGGAAUGGAGGUCCGGCUGAUGGACGCAGACGGCAACGAAGUCCACGAGGGCGAAGACGGCGAGAUCUGGAUCCGCAGUCCUGGCGUAAUGCUCGAGUACUAUAAAGAUGUCGAGACACCAUUUACCGCAGAUGGCUGGUUCCCUACCGGUGACAUUGCACGACGCUCGACACAUGGGAUGGAUCUGAAAUUGGUUGGUCGAAAGAAAGAGUUGAUCGUCCGAGGUGGUGAGAACAUCCAACCUAGCGAAUUGGAGCGAGUCCUGUUUCAAUGUCCGGGUGUGACAGACGUUGUCGUGGCUGGGAUCCCACAUCGCUUACUCGGAGAGACGCCUGCCGCCUUCAUUGUACGGCGGAGAAUUGGCAUUAAAAGCGAGGAAGAAAAUAUUUCCCAGCUCGACGUAUCAUUACUUCUCACCACGUGUCGAGAAUUCUUGCCAGAGUAUAAAGUGCCAACAGCAUUUUAUGAAAUCGAUGCCGUGCCGCGAACCCUCUUAGGAAAACCGAAACGGUCGGUUCGCCCUCACCUGUGGAUAGUGGAGCCGAACCAAUUGCCAUUGUAUCCAUGGCCUGUCGGUAUCCCGGCGGUAUCACUUCGCCCGAAGAUCUAUGAGGUGGACGUGACCUCUGGUUUCCCACAUGAUCGUGGUUGGGAUCUUGAAGGCCUAUACAGCCCGGACCCUGACACUCCUGGAACUUCAACGACACAACGCGGCGCAUUUCUUCAGGACAUGGCCGACUUCGAUGCCGGGCUCUUUGGAAUGUCGCCACGCGAGGCUCUCGCUACCGAUCCUCAGCAGCGGUUGCUGCUAGAGACAACUUGGGAAUUGGCGGAAAGAGGUGGAAUAGCGCCUUCAUCGCUACGAGACAGCCAAACCGGCGUGUUUGUUGGUAUUAUGUAUGAGGACUACCGGGACAAUGGGAAGGGAAACCAUGAGUUAGAAGCACACAUUGGACUUGGCUCUUCCGGCAGCGUUGUCAGCGGGCGUAUAUCUUAUUGCUUCGUUAGUACUCUCCUAACGGACGUCUUCCGCAACAAGGCUGACUAUAAAUCUCAACAGGGUCUCCAUGGUCCGUCAUUAUGCAUCCAAACCGGUUGCUCGUCUUCCCUGGUCGCGAUCCACUUGGCAGCAGCAUCUCUUCGGAACGGAGAGUCAACGAUGGCCAUUGCGGGAGGAGUUACGACUAUGGCAACACCUCAUUCAUUCAUUUCAUUCAGCAAAAGACGAGGUCUAUCUGCGGAUGGCCGUUGCCGGGCGUACUCGAGCGAUGCGGACGGAACUGGCUGGUCCGAAGGCGUGGGUCUCAUCCUCCUCGAACGGCUUCAAGACGCUAGGCGCAACGGGCACCACGUGCUUGGCUUGAUUCGUGGUUCUGCUGUUAAUUCGGAUGGCGCAUCAAAUGGACUUACGGCACCGAGCGGACCUGCUCAAAAGCUGGUAAUCGAGAGCGCCCUGGCCCAAGCGGCGCUUACCCCUGCAGACGUAGACGUGCUUGAAGGCCAUGGGACCGCGACUCCCCUGGGUGAUCCUGUCGAGGUGCAGGCGUUGAUCUCAGCAUAUGGCAACGGAGGUGACCACGCUCGACGCUCCGCUUCAAGACCACUGCUGCUGGGCUCGAUCAAGUCCAAUAUGGGUCACACGCAAGCUGCUGCAGGCGUAGCUGGAAUUAUCAAGAUGGUACAGGCGAUCCGCCAUGGCGUCGCCCCGGCGUCAUUGCAUAUCACAGAGCCCUCGCGACAUAUUGAAUGGGAAGGAAGUGGCGUUGAACUUCUCACGAAGGCCAAGCAGUGGCCUGUUUUGCCGUGCGAAAAUAAUGGCGCCACAAGGCCAAGGCGUGCUGCAGUAUCUUCUUUCGGUAUAGGCGGCACGAACGCGCACAUGAUCUUGGAGCAGCCUGACGAACAUGAACAUAAACGAAUACUAAACUACUCGGGGCAGCCGGUCUUACCAGACGCGGUGACAAAGACAAGUUGGACUUUUCCAUGGCUUCUCUCCGGAGCAGACAAGGCUGGUUUACGUGCACAGGCUCAAGCGUUGCUGGCAGCGAAAGCACUUCAUAACCAGAAUCAUGCCGACAUCGCCUUCUCGCUUGCAACCACAAGAUCGGCUCUUCGUUUCAGAGCCGCAGUGACUCCGAAUCUGGGGGCGGACUAUCAAGCGGCGUUGACGGCUCUUGCCCAAGAUCGACCACAUCCUGACAUUGAAAUGGAGCUAUCGAUUGGGCACGCGAGUCCUGCCAAACCACGCCUAGCAUUCUUAUUUUCGGGCCAAGGCAGCCGGCUGCCUAGCAAAAGUUCGGUGGAGGAGCUAUGUGCUUCUUUCCCCGUCUUUUCCAAAGCCUUCCGGGUAGCCUGCGAUGAAUUGAAUCGACACUUGGAGUUGCCGUUAAUUGCCACAUUAAUGGAUAGUGAAGGCGAUGGAGGCGAUGGCCAGCUACACCGCACCGAUUUCGCUCAAGCUAUCCUCUUCGCCUUUGAAGUGGCCAUGUUUCGCCUUAUUGAGUCGUUCAACAUCCAUCCCGACUACGUAGCCGGACAUUCCCUUGGGGAAAUUGUUGCAGCACAUGUAUCCGGAGCUCUGUCUCUUCGCUACGCCGCUAACCUCGUGGCAGCGAGAGGCAAGCUCAUGGCCGCUCUGCCCAGCAAUGGAGUCAUGGUGAGCAUCUCUGCAAGCGAGGAGGACGUCGCUGCAGAACUUUCACGGCGCAGAAGCGAUAUCCCAGAAAGCACAGCCACCAUUGCAGCUGUGAACUCGCAAAGGUCGGUGGUCGUGUCUGGCACUAAGGGGGCCGUCAUGGCCAUCGCAGAUACGUUUGCUGGCUUAGGGCGAAGAGUUGCUCCGUUGCGCAACGUCAAGCAUGCUUUCCAUUCUCCAAUGAUGAAUCCCAUACUAGCCGACCUGGAGAAAGAACUGAUUCAAGCAAUGGAAAGUGAAGGAGAGUUGGCAAUAACCUUUGUUUCCAGCAUUACAGGCAGGCGAACAGGGGCACCUGAGCUCAGGUCUACGAACCACUGGACCUGUCAUGUAAGCCAACCUGUACGCUUCGCUGAUGCUGUCAGUGAGCUUCAGAAAGAAGAUGUCUCGGUCUUCAUUGAGGUCGGGCCGUCUGCAAUCCUCUCCCCACAUGUCCCGGGCACCAUCGCCACAUCUAGCCAUGUCAACAAGCUACUAGGCGCGCUGGGCCAACUUUGGGCUCGGGGAGUACAAGUUGACUGGCGGGCUGUUUUUGAAGGCAGUGGUGCGUGUGUCGUUGAUCUGCCUGUCUACCCCUUCCAGAGGCGAAGAUACUGGCUCAACCCGCCGAAGCCAGUAGCGGUGCAGCCCGAUGACAACGGCUCUUUGCGACACGGUGUGCUCCUCAGUGUCGCGUCCAUCCCUGGGACAAGGAAAAUCAUUUGCUCUGGCUACUUGUCAACGACGAAGCAGCCUUGGCUUCGCGACCAUGUUGUAAGUGGGCAAAUAAUCAUUCCAGCUGCAGUAUUUAUCGAAAUGGCCAUGCGAGCUAGCCGAGAGUGUACCAUGACAAACGAUUUGAUGGUGCUGGAGGAGUGCGCCUUUGUUGCGCCGCUGGUCUUAGAUUUGAACUCAAAGGAAAGCUUCCAAGUCCAAGUACUCAUCGGAGAGCCUGAGAAGCAGGGAAAACGCAGCGUUGACAUUUACUCACGUCCCAAAGGUGUCGCGACACUCCAUGAGUGGACACGGCACGCCACAGGUAUCCUCAGGCUGGCUCUGCUAUCUAGCAGCGGAGGCGCCGGCUCCAUCAGCGCUAACAAAUCCGUAAGCAAUGGAAAUGUUCACCGGGAUGAGGGCCGGAUGCCCGACGUUUCCAGGGCAUAUACUGCCCUGGCUGACGCAGGCAUUAACUAUGGGCCGUCUUUCCAAUGCGUACGCGCCAUAUGGUAUUCAUACACCGACGGCCAGGACGAGAAGGAGCUGCGAGCAUACAUCGAGUCGCCUCAGAUCCAGAGCAAAAUGUUCGCUCUGCACCCGACUCUGCUUGAUGCCGCGCUGCAUACCUCCCUCCUCGCAAAGCUAGACACAACUGCUGGCAACCUUCGACUACCAUUCUUGGUUCGAGGUGUGCAGCUUUUUGCAGCCAGUACCUCAGGUCCGAUUAUCGCACGCAUACGCCAACUGGACGAGAACCGAUUCUCCGUCAGCCUCACGGAUAAGUCAACGGGUUCGCUGGUUGCUGAACUUUCCGAAGUCCUCACCCGCGAGAGGGUUGAGCCUGUGGCUUCUGGCCCCAGAGGGGACCUCUACCGCCUGGAAUGGACAGAUAUCGCUCACAUACCACCUGUUGAACGAUAUAUAGAGAACUCGCAUGAGACUGACGACAUCUUCCGAGUUCAAGGAGCUGGUGACCUUGGUGCAGCAGUUGCGCAAGACACGGUCGAGAAUACCAUUCACAGGGCUGUCGCCGAAGUGCUCAGUGUGGUACAAAAAUGGAGCGCCGACAAAGCAUAUGCCGGCGGCCGCCUCGUCAUUAUAACGCAGAGGGCGUCGAUAGAUUCUGGACCCGACGUUGUCGCUGCUGCUGUAUGGGGCUUUGUGCGCUCUGCUCAGGCAGAAUCAGGCGGGAACCGGAUCGUACUCAUCGAUUUGGAUGGCUCAGCCGAAUCAGAAGCGACUCUCUUGCCCGCUCUGGCUUCAGGGGAGGAAGUCUUCGCAUUGCGAGCGGGCAAAAUUGUGAUUCCGCGACUAAGAAAGGUCCCUGUCGGCCCGGACCAAGUUUUGAUGUCAACAGAGACUCGCAUUUCCGCUUCAACGCUUGAUGUCACUGGGACUGUCCUCAUUACCGGCGGCACAGGCGGACUCGGCGCCCUGCUCAGUCGACACAUCGUGCACGCAUACAGAGCCAAAUAUCUGCUCUUGGUAAGCCGGUCAGGCAUGAAGGCACCGGGAGCGCGCCAGCUAUACGACGAAUUGAUAAAUGCGAAAGCAGUGGUACGCAUCGAGCAAUGUGACUGCGGUGACCGUGCUCAGCUGGCCUCAUUGCUAGCGAGCAACAACAGCAUUCAAACGUUUCCUCCUAUCAGCGCAAUUAUACAUUGCGCAGGCGUGGUGGAUGACGCGGUCCUGAGCUCCCAGAGCCCACGACGUAUAUCGCGUGUCCUCCGCCCAAAGGUCGACGCCGCUUGGUACUUGCACAAGCUGGCACCAGCCACCGUACGGUCUUUCGUGCUAUUCUCUUCAUUUGUUGGCAUGCUGGGUAAUGAGGGCCAGGCGGCAUACACCGCAGCAAAUAGUUCCCUCGAUGCGCUGGCCCGCUUGCGUUUUGCCCGUGGACAGCCUGCGUUGUCCCUGGCUUGGGGACCUUGGCUGAAUGAGGUUGGGAUGGCAGCCGAGGCCAAGUUGAAAGCCAAGAGUCUCCGUCUCGCUAGCGCUCAGCCAUUUACAGAUCAACAAGGGCUACAGCUAUUCGACAUGGCGCUGCACAAGUCGACGCCGCCAGUGCCGGUUAUGCUGCCGAUGCUGAUCGAGGGGCCGUUCCCCAUGGUGUCAACCGAUCUGGGACUCAGGAUGAGGACAUCUACACAAGGUGACGCAGAUACGUGGCGCACCAAACUUGCCAAAUGUUCGCCCGAGAGUUAUGAAAAUGUAUUAUUGAGCCUGGUGCGAAGGGAGGUUGCCGCAGUGCUUGGGUAUCAGGACCAGGAACUUCCAGAGCGGCCACUCGCAGAUCUCGGUUUUGACUCUUCUACCUCGAUUUUGCUCAGCAACAGAUUGAGGCGCUUGACUGGAUUGUAUGAUCUCCCUGUUACGCUGGCGCUCGAUCAUGAUACUCUCCAAGCGCUGGUGAAAUACCUAUCCUGUCGGCUAGACAUUGCUCGGCCAGGGGUAGAAGCAAAAUGUGAAGCUCACCCGCAGGAUUCCAUCACUGCCGACGGCACCGUGGAUGAAUCACCUGGACCAGAUAUUGGUGAUAGUGGCAGCAGAAAAAGGGUGAGCAAGCCAUGUCCUACUGAUCUGGACCCUGAGCCUGAGCCCGAGAAGGUCAAUCUCGAAAUGUUCCGUGGCUUAACCGCACUUUACAAGCGGCUUUGCCAACUCGAGCAGUACACCGCAGCAGCCGAGUUACUGGGUUGCGCAUCGCUAGCCCUGCCCUCGUUCGGGAUACAAUCGAACUUGGCGAAUUACGCGGCUGCUCCUCAGCGUCUCGCAACCGGUCCCUCAGGUCCAUCCGGCCUUCCCUUGCCACUGGUAUUUAUCCCCGCUUUCUUCCCGUCUAUUGUCAUCGAAGGAUUCAGGGGUAGUGCAUACAGCACACUGGCGUCUGAGAUGAAGGGCGAGAGGGACGUCUUCGAGCUACCACACCCGGAAGGGCUGGCAAUACCUGAGGACCUCGAGACGCUUGCUGCUGUGCAUGCGAGCACUAUUCGAGAGACCUUUACGGGCCCUAUCAUACUCGCGGGGUACUCAGCCGGUGGCAUCGUCGCACAUGCCGUAGCAUCCAAACUUUGCGACGACCAUGAAGGUGAACAGCAAAACAAGAUUCAGUUGGUAGGCCUGGUCCUGAUCGACACGUACCUGAACAUGGUGGGAAGAGGCGGUCCAGACUGGCUGAACGCGCUACCCGCUGAGGCCCUGACUACGCGCGCUGGGGAUCUCUCGCAAAUGGUCGGAGACUCCGAUCUUGCACUGGCAAAGGUAGGCGGGUAUUUUCGGGCGCUUCGGGAUGUACAGCUUCGUGUCCUUCCAGCCACGGUGCAGACAUUGUUCUUGCGUGCCCAGAAUCCCACAUCGCACAUGCCCAAGAACGAAGAUGAAUGGCGCCCAUCCUGGCCGUGCGCAGAUGUCACCGUCGACAUACCUGGAAGUCAUCUAGAACUCCUUGACAAGCGAUGCGCUCCUGCCUCCGCCUCUGGGAUCCAACGGUGGGCAAGGGCGCGUGCUGACGAUGCUUGGAUGGAAUGA